UCAAGGAGUGGGGCUGUGGGCGCGUGGCUGGGCGUGAAUGGGAUGCCCGGAGCUCGCGGCCCUUCACCGUCCCGGCGCUUGCGUACCAUGCGGCCGUCAGGCGCGCUUGCCGCCCCAGGUUGUCCCAAGUGCGCUCGUUCCGUAGGCGGCGGCGGCGGCGUCUCCUGCUCCGGGCGGGUUCCGGGCAGGCCGCCGGCGCUCGAACUGCUUCCCGGGGCUGCAGUCGCGGUGUCCGUGGGAAGCUCACGCCGGUCCCGCGCUCGCGGCUCACAGUGUGUCUCGGUGACACCGCCGCGAAGCCCGGGAGCAGCGAGAACCUAAAUUGCUAAUAAUAAGAAACAAAAUGUUAACAUUCACUCUGAAAAGUGUCAUGUCUAAACUCAACAUAUAUCGGAGCCGUCAUGGACAUCUCUCCCUCCUCCAGUAAGAGCGGAAAAUGAGAAAAUCACAGGAACAAGUGUCAUUCAAGGAUGUAUGUGUGGACUUCACUAAGGAAGAGUGGUGUCUGUUGGACCCCACUCAGAAGAUACUGUACAGGGAUGUGAUCCUGGAAAAUUAUAGCAACCUUGUCUCAGUAGGGUUUUGCAUUGCUAAGCCAGAAGUGAUCUUCAAGAUAGAGCAAGGAGAGGAACCCUGGGUAUUGGAGAAUGGAUUCCCAAGCCACUAUAACCCAGAAAAGAAAUGGAAAGCUGAUGACCUGUUAGAGAGCAGCCAGGAAAAUCAAGGUGAAUAUUUUUGGCAGCUCAUGGUCACCAACAACAAAACAAUGACUUGGGGAUAGAUUCAGGGUGAACAUGUGAGCAAUGAGUUGUUUGGGGACCGAUACUCUGCCAUACUUCUGGGAAAGAUUUCAGUUACAAAGUAAUAAUAUGAGACCUGAAAGACAUGGAACAGAUUGUCUUUCUUCUCUGGACAUUUUCAAGUCUCCAUGUGAUAGGACUCAUAGUUCAUUGGACACUACCCUGAAGAGGACAGUGUACAAGCUGGGAGAAGCUGGUCCUGACAUAUCUCUGAGCUGUUCAAUUCCACCUGCUUCUGGGCCCUUGUAUUAUGCAGGAUAACAUAAUUGUUAUGUUAUUAACAUAACAUAGUUGUUACUUAUUCUUAGGACUUUCUGGUACUUAAAGCUGAAGGCAUUCCAGGUGAUCCAGAGGAACACUUUCUAAGUGUUAAUGUUCUGUACAGUAAUUUUUGGGGAAAAUAUUUAUUUUCACAAGUUGAUACAGAUAUGGAUGUUUGUAUAGGGCCUAUACAGUAGGAAAAAAAACCUAAAAAGACUGUACUGGCAGACUUACUACUGUGGUGUGCCCUGGGCCCCUCCCCC